AUGUGGUACGUCCAAUCCUGCCUUCCGAAUUUUUAUUUUCCCGCCAAACCAAUGGAAACUCCUGGAGCCGGACAUUGGACACCGCUAUACACGUCUCUACAGCACGGAAUCAGUACAAAUCGCUUUGAGACCCUUGUAUUCGAUUAUCGUGGGCCUACAGUAACCGUUUUUCGAUUAAAAGAUGAGCGAGUGGUAGUGUUGGCGUCGGAUCAGGAGUGGAGACACUCUGGCACCCGAUUCGGCGGUCCACUAACCAGUUUCUUUGAAAUCCACCCGACACUCAAACGAAUCGACGAGGCGAAUUCGAUUUAUUGUAAUCUAAAACUUCGUACCAUGGCCUACGGUAUCAGUUUCAAAACGACAGAAUUGAAAAUUGGAAAAGAUUUUGAUGAGGUCCUGGAUAUCGAAGUAUGGGGAUGUGCCGGUCAGGGAACACUUGCCGAGCAGCAAAAAUUGAAAAAUUGGCAGAAACAGCAGACCGAGAAGCACAAAAAAGUGCCACUACCUGGAAAUUGGGAUGAUAAUCCAGAUAAAACACUCCUCGAAAUGGCCGGAUUUCAAUUUUCCAACGAACGAGCCGCAAUGGAAAUGGAGGCCAAGAAACGAGAAGAGGAACAGAGCCAAUCGGAAAAAAGUCAAUCGGAAAAAUAA